AGAGACAGAGGCACCUGGUUUAUGUAAUUAGUAUCCUGGGAAAUAACAUCAUCCUAUAAUGAAUGCAUAAAUCCUAUUUCGUAAGUCUGUUGCAGCAGCAAGCAGUCAUUCUGCUACAGAACAGACCCCACAUCCACAAGGAGCAAGGCUCCACAUCGUGUUUUCUGUUGUACUUGAAUAUAUAGGACAUGUAUUGCAAUCCUAUGCUUUGCACAGUGCUGCAGUGUACUUGUUUUGCAGUGCUGCUUAAGAGCUACAGAACAGCUGUGAAUUACUGGCUUCUUGGAUACAUAAUUUGAAAUCUCCGGCCUUCAUGUUUUUCUACAAUCAUUGUGAUUCUUGGGGGAGAAUGUGCAAAUUCUUGUUCACAGACCAGUGCAGUCUUGGUUUUGGAAGCCACUAGCAAUACUAAUAUCUUUUAAGAGUCUCAGUGUACAUUGUGCGGAGAACCUGAAGCGCAACAUAGAGAGCAGAUGGGAGGGAGGCAGUGGACUUUAUCUGGACUUCCAAAAGGCAAUUGACACUGCACCACACAGGAGUAUUAACAAAUAUGGCUUUGAGGGAUAUAUACUGAGAUGGAUAGAAAACUUUCUUGGCGGAAGAAGACCGAAGAUCAACAGCAAUAUUCAUGGUCACCUUCCCAGCACUUCAAUGAAGAAAAAUACUCUCCCGGCCUUAGGAACAUGAAAGGAUUAUCUGGUAGUCGGAAUCAAUCACAGCUAUGUUCUGGCCAUACAUGUGGUCUAGCCUCGCCUGAUGAUUGUGAACAUGUGCAUGACCAUGGGCUCCAUGGGCAAGAACCUAGGCAAUCAUACCUACUUAGCCCUACGGAGAGUUGUCAAAUGGACCACCACCGUUGCUCCCCACGGAGUUCCAUUCAUUCAGAAUGCAUGAUGAUGCCUGUGAUGAUGAGUGAUCAUAUGUCAAGUAGCACUUUUCCAAGAAUGCACUAUAGUUCCCAUUUGGAAACCCGAGAUGACUGUGCUGUCUCACACACUAGUAGUAGUAAAAUUAACAGAAUUCCCGCAAACUUGCUGGAUCAAUUUGAAAAACAGCUUCCUCUUCACAGAGAUGGAUUUCAUACUUUGCAAUACCAGAAGACAUCCACCUCUACGGAGCAGAGAACUGAAAGUCCGGGGAGAAUACGUCAUCUUGUUCAUUCUGUACAGAAACUGUUUACUAAAUCUCACUCUUUGGAAGGGUCUUCGAAAGGCAAUGUAAAUGGUACAAAAGGAGACAGUCGUGGUGAUGACCACCAUCAUGGCCAUUAUUCAAAGCAUAGCAAAAGGAGUAAAAGUAAGGAUAGAAAACCUGAUAGCAAGCAUAAAUCUGGUAUGACAGGGUGGUGGAGUUCAGAUGAUAAUUUGGACAGUGAUAGCACUUAUAGAACACCUAGUGUAAUGAAUAGGCAUCAUGUAGACCACAUAUCUCAUUGCUAUCCUGAAUCUCUGCAGGGACACUUUGGAGAUCUUUCCCUUAAGACUUCUAAAAGUAACAAUGAUAUGAAAUGUUCAGCAUGUGAAGGCCUCUCAAUGACGCCAGAAGGUAAAUAUAUGAAAAGGAGUUCCUGGUCAACACUUACCGUAAGCCAAGCAAAAGAAGCUUAUCGUAAAUCAUCACUCAAUUUGGAUAAACCUCUAGUUCAUCAGGAAAUCAAAUCAUCUUUGCGGCCAUGCCAUUACCUUCAGGUACCUCAAGAUGAGUGGGGAGGAUAUCCCUCUGGGAGUAAAGAUGAGGAGAUUCCCUGUCGAAGAAUGAGAAGUGGGAGUUAUAUAAAAGCCAUGGAAGAGGACAGUGGAGAUUCUGAUUCAAGUCCAAAAACAUCCCCUAAAAUGUCAGCACGGCCUGAAUCUUUGUUGAAAUCACUAGUGCAGCGUUCACAUGGAGAGAUUCAAAAUCAGAGCUACCUACAAGCAGCAAGUGAGAUGCCAGCAGGACAUGUUCUGGAGGCUUCAGUGAACUACAACUCCCCGAAAUUUCGCUCCCGGAACCAGAGCUACAUGAGAGCAGUGAGCACGCUCAGUCAGGCCAGCUGUGUCAGUCAGGAUUUCCUCAUUGAAAGUCUGCAAGAAUGCUUUACCUCAAAGGAUUAUCCUGAGAUCAAGAUGAGUGAAACAGAAAUUAAUGGGCAAUAUGAGUCAGUGUGUGAGUCAGUUUUCAGUGAAGUUGACUCCCAUGCAAUUGAUGCUUUAGACCUCCCGGGAUGUUUCCGGACUAGGAGCCACAGUUAUUUAAGAGCCAUCCAGGCCGGCUAUUCCCAGGAUGAUGAUUGUGUUCCUCUAAUUACAUCUUCCAAUGCCACUUCCACAACCAGGUCAACAGCAGCUGUUUCAUACCCUAAUUAUAAGAAAACACCACCACCUGUUCCCCCACGUACCACAUCCAAGCCACUAAUCUCAGUGACAGCACAAAGCAGCACAGAGUCUACCCAGGAUGCCUAUCAUGACAGCCGGACUCAAAGGAUAUCCCCAUGGCCUCAUGAAGGCCGGGGCCUUUACAACUCCACAGACAGCCUGGAUAGCAACAAGGCCAUGAAUCUUGCCUUGGAAUCAGCUGCAGCACAGCGACAUGCUUCCGAAAGUAAAAGCAGUUCUGUUCGGAGCACCUGUGAUAAAGCUGUUCUUGUAACCAAGUCAGAUGAAUUCCUUAAAAAAUGCCGUUCCUCAAUAGGGAUCCAGGUGGAAGCAGCUGACUCGGAUACAGAAAGCAAAGGAAGAGAAUAUCAUUCUGUGGGGGUGCAGGUGGAAGAUGAAAAACGCCAAGGACGAUUCAAGCGGUCAAACAGUGUGACAGCAGCUGUGCAAGCUGACCUUGAACUAGAAGGAUUCCCAGGUCACAUCACAAUGGAAGAUAAGGGUCUACAGUUUGGCUCUUCAUUUCAAAGACAUUCUGAACCUAGUACUCCAACUCAGUAUGGUGCAGUAAGAACUGUAAGGACUCAGGGUUUGUUUAGUUACAGAGAAGAUUAUAGGACACCAGUAGACACAUCAAAUCUCCCACCACCAGACCCAUGGCUAGAGCCUGCUCAUGAAGCAGUGGACUCAGGCAGAAUAUCACCCAGUCGGCAAGAUGGAACAUGGUUUAUGAAGUUGCUUCAUGCAGAAACAAAAAGAAUGGAAGACUGGUGCAAAGACAUGGAAAGGGAAGCAGAGGAGAACGACCUUUCCGAAGAAAAUCUAGGUAAGAUCCGAAGCGCAGUUGGAAGUGCCCAAUUACUUAUGUCUCAGAAGUUUCAGCAAUUCUAUUGGCUUUGUCAGCAAAAUCUGGAUCCAAGUGCCAUGCCCAGACCAACUUCUCAAGACUUGGCGGGGUUCUGGGACCUCUUGCAGUUAUCCAUUGAAGAUGUAAGCAUGAAGUUUGAUAAGUUGCACCAUUUGAAAGCCAAUGAGUGGAAGACAAUUGAUUCUCCUGAAAAGAAGGAUGACAAGAAACCCCCACCUCCAAUACCAAAGAAAUCUACCAGGGGAAAGUUCCCUGUCACUCGGGAAAAGUCUUUGGACCUCCCUGACCGCCACAGACAAGAAGCCAGGAGGCGGCUAAUGGCUGCAAAGAGGGCAGCAUCGUUUCGGCAGAAUUCAGCUAGCGAGCGGGCAGACAGCAUUGAAAUAUACAUACCAGAAGCCCAAACUAGGCUUUAAGAACAAACCACUGUAUAGAUCUUUUUUAAACAACAUGCUUGUACACUUGUGA